CUCAUCGUUAAAAAUGGUGUUUGCCCAGUUUAUUUAAUAACAGAAUAAUUUGAUAGGACAACAGAACAUUACAGCAAAGUGAAAGUUGUUCAUAUAGGCCAAUAUUUAAAGCAACUUCAUGAAGAAGGUGCGUUUUGAGACGCCGAUUAAAGAUUUGUUUCCUAGAAUGGACGACUCAGAGUGUCAUUCCCCACGGCCUUUCAUUGACAAGCAAGUACCGAGUUAUGUAUCUCAAGUACCUGAUCUAUUUCAGUAUCAGAGAUUAUUGUCUUACUCUGACGAUCCCGUAAAAAGAUACGAAUGCUGUGAUAGCUCACCGUAUCCUUCAGUACUUAAAACAAAUCUACCUGACAUCGGAGAACGGGGUUCCAAAUACAUGCCAUCAAAUGAUUUAGAGUUAAGCAUGUUGGACUGUCAUGAACCUAGAAGGCAGCAAUUAUACAGAACUCCUACAGAAUUACAGACCUACAGCGCAUCUAGACAUAAUGUCUCUACGCAAUCCUAUGUACCUACUCCUAGACUCAGACCUUGUUUUGAAGAUAAAGUAAUCACAAAUGAUAAAUCAACUAAACUCCCUAAUAUUCUGUCACCUAUAGAGAAUUCACCAUCAAAUGUUUUAAGGAAAGAUAACAGCUUCUUCCUAAAAAGAGACAAUUUAGAUAAGUUUUGUGUAGAUUUAGAACCACUUCAAUCACAGUUCAAUAGACUAGGUUUAGGCAAAGAGAAUGAAUCUAUUAGUAGAAAAAUUGACAAUGUGAUACCUGAAACUCAAAAACCUAAUUGCCAAGAAAAUGUGUAUUUAUAUCCAGAGUCUUUAAAUACUACAGAAGAAAGUGAUUGCAGAUGCCACCAUUGCCUGAAAGCUAUACAAAUUAACACUCCUCAAAUAUCUCCACUUGUAAAAAGCGUACAAAACCAUUGUCAAGUGAUGGGCCAUGUAAAAUCACUGUGUGGUGUUCGUCAAUGUUCUUGUAUGCCUGUACCGGUUACCUGCUUCGGCUGUGAUAAUCAUAUGCAGAGGUCUCAUAAAUGUUGUUCUGUGCCGUCAAAUUCGCCGCCAGUUCCACAGAAUGCUGUAGAAAAGAAAAACUGGUCCAUAGAGAAAUUUGAACAGAGCAAAAAAGAGUGUAAGGAACUUGAAAAACAGACUAAUUUGGUCAAAGAAAAAAGAGAACCAACUGUAGCUGACCUUUUUAAAAUAAUAAAACUACAAAAUGAGCAGUUACAAUUACUUCAAGAGAAAGUUGAUAAGUUCAUAUCAACUACAAACCAAAGGACACAAAAUGUACAGCCUGUACAAAAUUAUAUGGCAGAGCAUGUAGCACUUCAGACGAUUGACACGGAACAUAAAAUAUCCAUUGGUGUCAUGACUAGUUUUGAAAUGGUGCGGACUUCAACAGUUAUCAAUAAGGAAAUAGUGAAACAGAGCUGUGAAAAUGCACAAAUACAAUGUAAUAGAUCUCAGAUUAGUAUAAAAGAAGUUAUUUCUAAAUCACAGCCUGUCAGCAUGAACUUUUUAGAUGGUAUAAUGCCUGUUAAUAGAACUAAUGAGACUGAUGACACUGGUAGGGAAUCUACUGAUGAAGGGGCGAUAAAAAAUACUCAUCAAGGAGAAAAUGUAAUGGAGACAUUAAAUGAAUUAAGUCUUUAUAAUGUCCAAGUAGACAAUGCUACGACACCUUUGAUAUCUCCUGAACAAAGUCUCUAUUUGGAUGUAAGGGAUUAUAGUGAAUCAGAUUCAGGUAGUGAUACCCAAUCCAAUGUUGGGUGGACUUAUUAUAAUAAAGUCAUGAAUCGUGUGAAUGGACUGCUACAAGACUCGGACAUGCCCUCAUCCGCCAGUGCGUUGUAUAGAAACACCAGACAACAGUGUGUGCAGAUGCAGAUUGACAAGACAAAUGUCAGUGUCACUAAAAGAGUAAAAUUUGGCGAUGAUCCCUUGGGAAUUCAUCAACCGCACAUUUACUCGUCUGCGACCGACACAAGUAUCAAGAUGAACCAACUGGCUGCGAAGUAUUUGAAGUGUGCUCCAGCGCCCCCAAGAAUGAUCAAACCUUCUACAAUGCCUAUUGACAUGUCCUUCGCUACCAGGAAUUAUAUGGAGAGACACAAGAUUACGCAAGCAAGUGGAUAUCCGUUGAUUCUGAGUGCCUGGAAGGGACAAGCGCAAUUAGGGCCAGUGCAAAUCGGCGAACAGCAAGGUUUCUGUACAGAAUCCAUAUCUCCGCCAUUGAGUGAGAUGCCUAGAUUUCUCGACAUUACAGCCUUAAAACAACAACCGAAGUUUUUAUGAUUGUAAUAGAUCUAGUUUAAUAUUUUAACUAUAAUGUUGUAGUUAUAUGUUUGUGUGUAAACUUUAUAUUGUUUGACUACAGUUGUUUUUAUUUCUAGUGGCUAUUUUAAUGACUUACAAAAUAAAACGCUACGUUUUAUUUAACAGACAUUUAUUUAAACCUCAGAGAAA